UUUGUUGCUUCAUUGUGUACACACUUAUCCAAUUCCCGCCAUUUCCGAAACAAUUGCAAGUUGCGCUAUUUUCGUGUCCGAAAUGGCAGAUUCACCGUCUGGACCGCGUGUCAAGCGUCAACGCAUUGAUAAAAAUGGACGAUUUGCAGCGCUGGAACGGUUAAGAGGAUUGAAAGGUACCAAAAACAAAUGCCAGGUGGAGGAUAAAGUAGACGAUGUGUACGAAGUGGUCGAUGAACGCGAAUAUGCCAAGCGUGCAAACGAGAAAUACGGCGGUGAUUGGAUUGAAGAUGACGGCACUGGAUAUGCAGAAGAUGGACGCGAUUUCUUUGAGGAUGAAGAUGAAUACUCCGAUGGUGCAGAGGGUCAGAGUGAUGCCAAGAAAAAGAAAUCUGGCGUUGCAAAGAAACGGCCUCGUGACAGCGAGAAACCUGUCAAGGGCAAGGCUUCAAUUCGUAAUCUCUUCAGCAAUGCGAUUCCAAAGAAAGCAGAUGUUAAGAACAGUGUCAAGGAUGAUGACAUUCUGGCCGAUUUACUAGGCGAAAUAAAGGAAGAGGCAACUGGGGAAGCGACUACUACAACACCUAAACAGCAAAAGGUCAUUGCGCCAGCAAAGAUUGUGUCCGCCACCCGAAAAUCUGAUGCUGCCGCUGCAAAGGAGUAUAUGAAUAGCUUUCUGAGCAAUAUCAAAAUGCAGGAGCAGCAACGCAAGAAGGCCGAGGCCGGCAGCGAUGAUGAAAUGCUGGAGCGCAUAUUGCAGCCAAAGGCAACCGUAUUGCCCAACAAGAAAGCAACAGUAACUGCAGCUAAUGUAAAGCAGGAAAAGCUACUGGAAACGGAUGAACAGCCCAUAAAGGCGGAAGACAAAGCUGAGCCUGAGUUCUGUGACAACGACUUGGACUUCAGUUGCCUGGAUGACGAUGAAAAUCAGUUUGAGGUUGCGGCAUCAAAGCCUAAACCGAAACCAGAGCCCCAGCCUGAACUAAGUACUACGAAAGCUGCCCAACCAGAUCCAGAUGAUAUGAGCAAGCUGCUUAACAACUGGGAGUCCAUAUGCCAAAUGGACGAUGACUUUGAGAAAUCAGUGCUGGCGAGUGAAGCGGAGUCUGCCAAUUGCAAUGAUCCUGUCGAUGUGGAGCACUUGCGCUUCUGGUAUUGGGAGGCCUGGGAGGAUGCACAGAAGCUGCCUGGCGAGGUGUUCCUCUUUGGCCGUACAGCCGACGGCAAGUCCAUAUGUGUGCGUGUGCAGAACAUUAACCGGUUGCUGUAUCUAUUGCCCAGACAGUAUCUCUUGGAUCCCAUCACAAAGGAGCCAACUAAACAAAAAGUCACUGUCGCCGAUAUGUACCAAGAGUUUGACACUCAAAUAGCCUCCGAACUGAAGCUAGAUACGUUUCGAUCCCGCAAGGUGAGCAAGAGCUUUGCAAACCACGCCAUUGGCAUCGAUGUGCCGCAGACAUGCGAUUACCUCGAAGUCCACUAUGAUGGUAAGAAGGCAGCGCCAAAUGUGGCCAACAAGAAAUACGAUUCCAUCGCGCACAUUUUUGGCACCACCACAAAUGCCUUGGAGCGUUUUCUUCUGGAGCGCAAGAUCAAAGGCCCAUGUUGGCUCCAGAUUAGCGGUUUUAAUGUUAAUCCGGCACCCAUUAGCUGGUGCAAGACGGACUUGACAGUCAGCGAGCCGAAGAACGUUGAAGUAUUGCUGGAACAGGGCAAGCCAACGCCUCCGCCGCCUAUAACACUAUUAGCACUCAAUGUGCGAACUUCCAUGAAUCCAAAGACACUAAAAAACGAGAUCUGUAUGAUUUCAAUGCUGACGCACAAUCGUUUUCAUAUCGACAAACCGGCGCCACAGCCUGCCUUUAAUCGCCACAUGUGCGCCCUCACACGUCCCGCCGUGUCCAGUUGGCCCUUCGAUCUGAGCUUGCAGCUGGCCAAGUACAAAUCGACAAAGAUUUACAAGCAUGACUCGGAGCGUGCACUACUCAGCUGGUUUCUGGCGCAGUAUCAACAGAUGGAUGCCGAUCUGAUUGUAACAUUUGAUGCUAUGGAUUGCCAGCUGAAUGUCAUCACAGAUCAGAUAGUCGCCUUGAAGAUACCGCAGUGGUCUCGCAUGGGUCGCCUGCGUUUCACCCAAUCGUUUGGAAAGCGUUUGUUAGAUCAUUUUGUGGGUCGCAUGGUUUGCGAUGUCAAACGCUCGGCAGAGGAGUGCAUACGCGCCAGAUCCUAUGAUCUGCAGACGCUCUGUCAGCAGGUGCUUAAGCUCCAGGAAUCGGAGCGCAUGGACGUCAAUGCCGAUGAUCUGCUUGAGAUGUAUGAGAAGGGCGAGAAUAUCACCAAACUCAUAUCGCUGACGAUGCAGGAUGCCUCCUACAUGCUACGUCUGAUGUGCGAGCUGAACAUCAUGCCACUGGCUCUGCAGAUUACCAAUAUCUGUGGCAAUACGAUGACACGCACACUGCAAGGUGGUCGCUCCGAGCGCAAUGAGUUUCUGCUGCUGCACGCCUUUCACGAGAAGAACUACAUUGUGCCCGAUAAACAGCCACAUCGUCGUGGUGGCGCUGCAGCCACUACAGAUCCUGAUGCCAGCAGCAAUGACACAACAGCAGCAGCUGGAGCAGCACGUAAAAAGGCUGCCUAUGCUGGCGGAUUAGUGCUGGAACCAAUGCGUGGUCUGUACGAGAAGUUUGUGCUGUUGAUGGACUUUAACUCACUGUACCCGAGCAUCAUACAGGAGUACAACAUAUGCUUUACGACGGUGCAUCACCCACAUGAUGCUGAUCAGCUGCCUGUGCUGCCAGAUUCCAGUGCAGAGCCUGGCAUUCUGCCGUUGCAGCUACGUCGUUUGGUGGAGUCACGUCGUGAGGUUAAGAAAUUGAUGGCGGUGCCGGAUCUGUCACCCGAGUUGCAGAUGCAGUAUCACAUACGACAAAUGGCUCUCAAGCUGACGGCCAAUUCCAUGUACGGUUGCCUGGGAUUUUCCCAUUCACGAUUUUUCGCACAGCAUCUGGCUGCGCUGGUAACGCACAAGGGUCGCGAGAUUCUCGUCAAUACACAGCAGCUGGUGCAGAAGCUCAACUAUGAUGUGGUCUACGGUGAUACGGACUCUCUAAUGAUCAAUACCAAUAUAACGGACUAUGAUCAGGUCUACAAGAUCGGGCACACCAUCAAGCAGAGUGUCAACAAGCUGUACAAACAGCUCGAACUAGACAUCGAUGGUGUCUUUGCUUGCUUGCUGCUCUUGAAAAAGAAAAAAUAUGCCGCGGUCAAGUUGAGCAAGAAUGCCAAGGGAGUGCUGAAGCGGGAGCAGGAGCAUAAGGGAUUGGACAUUGUGCGUCGCGAUUGGUCACAAUUGGCCGCGAUGGUGGGCAAGGCAGUUCUCGAUGAAGUACUCGCUGAAAAGCCAUUGGAGGAUAAACUAGAGGCGGUGCAUGCACAACUGGGACGCAUUAAGGAUCAAAUUGCAGAGUCGGCUGUGCCAUUGCCUCUCUAUGUUAUCACCAAGCAGCUGACCCGUGCUCCACAAGAGUAUGCCAAUAGCUCCUCGUUACCGCAUGUCCAAGUGGCGCUGCGCAUGAAUCGUGAAAGAAAUCGACGCUAUAAAAAGGGCGACAUGGUUGAAUAUGUUAUCUGCCUGGAUGGAAGCACAAAUGCUGCUGUGCAACGCGCUUACCAUCUCGACGAGCUGAAGGGCAGUGAAACGCUUAAGCUUGAUAGCAACUACUAUCUGGCUCAUCAAAUCCAUCCCGUGGUCACUCGCAUGGUGGAGGUGCUGGAAGGCACCGAUGCGAGUCGCAUUGCCGAAUGCUUGGGCAUGGACGCCAGCAAGUACAGGCAGAAUGCCCAGCGGGUUCAGCAGGAGCGCAAUGAGGAGGCCGAGGGGGAAUCUCUGCAAAAGACAACGCUUCAGCUUUAUCGUCUCUGCGAACCAUUUCGAUUCAAAUGCGUCGGCUGUAAGACGGAACAGUUGAUGGCCAGCGCCUAUCGACCGGGUGCCAAUAGCAGUCAUGUGCCCGUGCUGCAGCAGUGUGUCAAUUUGGAAUGCCAAACAUCGCCCUUGCAAUAUUUGGUUAGCAUUCGCAAUCAGCUUCAAUUGUGCAUACGCAGCUAUGUGCAACGCUUCUACCGCAAUUGGCUGGUGUGUGAUCAUCCCGAUUGCAACUACAAUACAAGAAGCUAUUCAAUACGCCUCGAGAUGCGGCGUCCACGUUGCCUCAAGUGCAACAGCGGCUCAAUGCUUCGCCAGUACUCUGAGCGUGAUCUCUACAAUCAGCUGUGCUAUUUGCGAUUCAUGUUUGAUCUGAACAAGCAGCAAAUUCAUCAGAAACCCACCCUAACGCCCGAGCUUGAGCAAGCGUAUCAGCUGCUGUUUGACACGGUGGAGCAGCAAUUCCAAAAUUCCGGCUAUGUUGUCAUAUCACUCGGAAAUAUAUUUGCACGCAGCCUGGCGCUGUCGUCGCUUCAGCAGCCAAAGAAGGAACUGCGAGAUGAUUUGGUCGCUAGCAGUCUAGCUGAUGUCUAGAUUGCACAUACCCUUGCUCUUUUAUUCGACAUUCAACAAUCGUAUUUUUAAAUAUAUACAUAAAAA